AUGACCGUGGAGUGCAGCGAGCUGGUCCUCGGGCCCGACGAUGCCCGCACCCUGGCAUCGCGUGCGGCGCUCGGGCGCGCGGAAGAGGCGGAGCAGUGCUGGCUGCGAGUGGUGGCGGGGCGUGAGGUCACGCUGGGCCCUGGGCACCCCGCGACCGCGAGGGCGUCCCGGGAGCUGGCCGCCAUGCUGCAGGAGUCGGGUGAGCGUGGGGACUUCGGCGCGGCAGAGGCCGCGCUGCAGGCGGCCCUGAGCGCGAGCGAGGCGGCCUCGGGGCCCAGCCACCCCGCCACGCUGGCCUGCCUCGACGGGGGGGGGGACCGGCGCGAGCGCGGCGCCUGCGGGCGCGGCAGGGUGUUCCGGUGCGCCCUCGAGGCGCGGGAGUCGUCGCACCUGCCGGACUCCCACCCCGACGUCGCGCGCUCCCUGGGCGCCCUCGCGGCUCUGCUCGGCCUGCUGGGCAAGGGCGACGAGGCGGAGGCGCUCGCCCGGCGGGCUCUGCGCGGGCGCGAGGCCGCCCACGGCGAGGACCACGCGGAGGCGCUGGACGCGGCCGAGGCCCUGGCAGACCUGCUGGCCAGCAGCGGCAAGUACGAGGAGGCGGUGGCGCUGGCCAGGCGCGCGCUGCGGGGCCGCAGGGAGGCGCUCGGGGACGCCCACCCUGGCACCCUGGGGCCGCUGGGCCGGCUCGCGGGCUUCCUCCUCGCGUGCGGCAACCACGCCGCGGCCGAGCCCCUCGUCCAGCAGGCCCUGGCGCGCCACGAGGCUGCGCCCGGCCAGUCCAGCCCGGCCCUUCUGGCCGCGGCGGCCAGCCUCGCGGGUGCCCUGCUGCAGGCGGGGAGGCUCCAGCAGGCGGAGCCGCUCGCCCGCAGGGCCCUGCGCGACCGCGAGGCCGCGCAGGGCCCGGACCACCCCGACACCCUGGGCUCCUGCGAGCAGGUCGCGGCGGUGGCGCUGGCCCGCGGCGCCGCCGCCGAGGCGGAGGAGCUGCAGCGCCGCGCCCUCGCGGGACGGGAGGCGGCCCUGGGGCCCUCGCACCCGGCCGCGCUCGCCGCCGCGGCCGCGCUGGCGGGGCUGCUGGAGGCGCGCGGGCGGCCGGAGGAGGCGCUGCCGCUGCGGCGGCGGGCCCUGGAGGGCCACGAGGCGCUGCUCGGCCCGGGGCACCCGCAGGCGCUGGGCGCGCGCCGGGCGGCGGCGGCGCUGCUGGAGCGGCUGGGCCGCGGCCGGGAGAGCGAGCGCCUGCUCGGGGAGGCGCUGCGGAGCGCGCAGGCCGCGCUGGGGGCGGAGCACCCGCUGGCGCUGGCGCUGCUGCUCGACCUGGCGAG